AUGAAGAACCUAUUCACUAAGUCUCUAUCUGGUAACGAUGCAGAAUACUCACACGAUGGUGGUGUAAUUGCGUCGAUUUUCCUUGCCCUACUAUCUUUUAUUUUUACUUGCUGCAUAAAUGGAUUCGCGUCGACUGGACCGAACAAGAUCUUCAGACAGUCAACUGCACGGAUUAGUGAUGAAAAUCCAACGGAAUUCACGCCAGCUGGUCCGACAUUUUCUCUCUGGGGUUUGAUCUAUUCUUGGCAGUUGGCUUUUCUCGUGUAUUCGAUUGUUAAUAUCUGGCGAACGACUAGUAUCGGUUAUUUGUACAUUCAUCCUUAUACAUUGCAUGUAGCUAUUUUCGUUCUCUUCAUUGUCAACAUGCUUCUCAACGCCUUGUGGUUAUUUCUCUGGGAUCGAGUGAAAUUCGGAUUGUCGACUAUUGUAAUUUAUGUCAUGCUAGCCACAAUAGUAGCUGCAACAGUAUUGGAUCAUGUUUUUCUUUGGAACAAUCGCUGGGAUUAUAUUCAAUUGGAUAAAACAAGUGAUAUUUGGAUAAUGCGUUUUAUCGUUUUAAAUGGUCAUGCAGUUUAUUCAGCUUGGUUACUUGUUGCUGCAUCACUGAAUUUUACAAUAUGGUUAAAGAAGAAACUUCCACUGAACGUUGAAGGAUGGGCGACAACAAUAUCGUUGAUCUUUGUAACCAUUGGCAUUUGUGUCUAUUGGAUUUUGGAAAAUUUCGUCUUUCCUUCUCAAAUGGCUUAUACUUGGUCUCCAUGGUUAGUUUGGUUGGUUGCCUUGACCGGCAUUCUCGCAAAACAUUGGCGAUUAUUGAAAGAGAAAUCUCUCAAUCAGAUCUUAAUUGUCAUCAUAUCUGUUCUGUGUGUGAUUUUGUUUUUUGUGAAGAUUAUUCUAUUUGCUGUGAGAUACACUCGACAAGAAAUACCAACAGGUGAUCAUCCUGCUGGAUAUUGA